AUGGAGAACAUCGGAGAGUCCCCGGUGCCGGUACCGAAAGUGGCGGUGGCCGUUUUCCUCUUGAAGGGUAGAUCGGUCCUUCUCGGCCGCCGCCGCUCAGCCGUCGGCAACUCCACCUUCGCCCUUCCCGGCGGCCACCUCGAAUUCGGGGAGAGUUUUGAGGAAUGUGCGGCGAGAGAAGUGAAAGAGGAAAGUGGGUUGGUGAUAGGGAAUGCUGAGUUGUUGACAGUGACGAACAACGUGAUGUUGGAUGAACCAAGGAAGUGUCACUAUGUGACUAUCUUCAUGAGGGCAGUGAUGGGUGUGGAUGGAGAAGAACAAGUGCCUCUGAAUCUCGAACCUCAUAAGUGUGAUGGUUGGGAAUGGUAUGAAUGGGAUCAUUUGCCACACCCUUUGUUUCACCCUCUCCACAAAAUGGUCAAAGCAGGUUUUGACCCAUUUCCCCACUGA